AUGGCACCCAUCCGCGUUGGACUGAUUGGGCUUACGUCAAUCGCGUACCACAAGCUACCUGCUACUACUAAAGCCUAUGGAAGCCCUGAGGACAUCGCCAAUGACCCAGACGUUGACCUUGUUGUCAUCUCUGUCCAUGUCUCUAGGCACCAUCUUCUUACUUUGCCUGCCUUGAAAGCAAAGAAACAGGUCUUUUGCGAAUGGCCGCUUGGCGCUAAUACAGCAGAAGCAGAGGGAAUGGCACAACUAGCCAAGGGCUUAAAGGUCGUGACGGGGUUGCAGUUUCGUGCAGAUCCUCUCAUUACCAAGGCCAAGCAGCUUAUUGACAGUGGUGCUAUCGGCCGGAUUACUAGUACCACAGCUGUGGGAUGCUUUAACAACUAUCCGGCCGAUACCUGGAACGCAAAAGCAGAUUAUUUCCUCAACUUUAAAGGAGGCGCUAAUGAGUAUACCAUUUCAUUCGCUCAUUUUCUGGACUCGUUUAGGUAUAUUGUCGGUGAUUUUGCCAGCUUGCAGUCGGUUAUGGAUAUACAGUAUCCUACCGUGAAGCUCGUUGAUUUCACAACCGGUGAAGUCACUGACCCUGCUCGUAAAAAGACGAGUCCAGAUCACAUAUUCGUCAAUGGCAAGCUGGAAAGCGGCGCGGUUGCCAGCCUUUCUUUCCGCAAGGUGACCAAGACGGUUGAUGGCAAAGGCUUACGAUGGUUCAUCUCGGGCACCAAGGGAGAGCUGGAGAUUACUAUUGAUGGGCCCAACUUCCAGAUGGAUAUAGCCAAGAAGCAACUGCGUCUGGUUGACAACGCGGUCGGAGUAACACAAGACAUUGACUUUACUGACGCCCAGGAGCUGGCAUAUGUUAAGAACGUCCCUGCCAUGGGCCAAAACACAUCUAGACUCUGCGAGAAAUUCGUGGCGGCUCCCACUGAAGUCGCCAACUUUGACGACGCUUUGAAGCUUCACCAGUUGCUAGAUAGGAUUGCAGCGGCGGCUAAUUAUCCCUACAAGGCUUAA